GAGGGGCCGGUUUGUUGACAGGAAGCGUGCGGAUGAGGACUCGGUGGCCCUCAAACUUGUGAGAUCGAGUCCAAGGCGUCACUUUCGGUUUCUCGCGCAGGUGAACGCACCCAAAUUAUGCGUUUUAACAGCGAGCCGGAGCAAAGAUGCAAUGGCGGUCGCUGGUAGUCAGUGUGGUCGUGCUGAGACUUUCUGUCAGUUUGUGGCUCGGCUUGGGACUCAUAGCGUAUGUUAGCUUGGGCACCAGCCUCUACGGCGGCGGUGCCGAGGAGCCCUCGACCGGGGAGAAGGCGGGCGGCGACUCGUGGACCCGGCGGAUGAGAGGCUACAAACAUGACGAGACCACCGGGACGUGUGCCAAGGUGGCGGGGGAGCCCCCGAAGAGGUCCUACUGGAGCUUCUUCGACGGCGACAAGGACGACUACGCCCGCAGAUACAGCUCCUUCCCCGGCACCUUGAAAGCCACCAUGAAGGAGAAGGCCAGAGAAAUGUUCUACUUUGGUUAUGACAACUACAUGAAAUAUGCUUUCCCCAAAGACGAGCUCAACCCAAUCGACUGCGAGGGGAGAGGUCCGGACGUACAGAAUCCAGCCAACGUCAACAUCAACGACGUCUUGGGGAACUACUCGCUAACACUCAUUGACGCCUUAGACACUCUACUCGUACUUGGGAAUGUCUCUGAGUUCCGGCGUGCCGUCGAGCUGGUCAUCGACACCGUGUCUUUUGACAAGGACUCUACGGUGCAGGUUUUUGAGGCCAACAUCAGGAUUUUAGGAAGCCUCAUCUCGGCUCACAUUCUGCUCACGGACCCCAAGCAUCCGUUCGGCAGGGUGAGCUUCGAUGGCUACAACAACCAGCUGCUGCACUUGGCUCACGACCUGGCCGUGCGCCUGCUGCCGGCCUUCGAGAACACCAGCACGGGCAUCCCCUACCCUCGGGUGAACCUAAAAACCGGAGUUCCGUCCGGCAGCAUCAACGAGACGUGUACCGCGGGAGCCGGAUCUCUGCUGGUGGAGUUCGGAAUUCUGAGCCGCUUGACCGGAGACUCCACCUUCGAGUCUGUGGCUCGACAAGCUGUCCGAGCUCUUUGGAAGCUGAGGAACAGCCAAACUGGUCUGCUAGGCAACAUCGUCAACAUCCAAACGGGCCACUGGGUGGGCAAGCAGAGCGGCCUGGGGGCCGGCAUGGAUUCCUUCUACGAGUACCUGCUCAAGUCGUACAUCCUGUUCGGCGAGAAGGAGGACUACGUCAUGUUCCAAGCCGCUUACGAGAGCAUCCAGAACCACCUGAGGCGAGGGCGGGAGUCGUGCAACGAAGGGGAAGGCGACCCGCCCCUCUACGUCAACGUCAACAUGAUGAGCGGUGAGAUCAUGAACACGUGGAUAGACUCCCUGCAGGCCUUCUUUCCUGGGCUGCAGGUGCUAAAUGGUGAUGUGGAAAACGCAAUUUGCCUCCACGCUUUCUACUACGCCAUUUGGAAACGCUUCGGGGCUUUACCAGAGAGGUACAACUGGCAGCGGCAGGCUCCCGACGUCCUUUUUUACCCGCUCAGACCCGAGUUGGCGGAGUCCACUUAUCUACUCUACCAGGCAACCAGAAAUCCUUUCUACUUGCACGUUGGAAUGGAUAUUCUUCAGAGCCUCGAAAACAAUACCAAAGUCAGAUGCGGCUACGCCACCCUCCAUCACGUUGUGCACAAAUCCAAAGAAGAUCGCAUGGAGAGUUUCUUCCUCAGCGAAACCUGCAAAUACCUUUAUUUGCUGUUUGACGAGGACAACCCGCUUCACAAAUCGGGUAACAAGUACAUCUUCACCACCGAGGGUCACGUGAUGCCCGUCGACAAGCGCUUCCGGGAGAAGCGAUGGAGCGGCAAGUGCCCGGGCGAAGAAGACGACGCGUGGCCGCAGACGCAAACGGUCGAGCGGCCGUCCCGGAACAGCAGCAACUGCAUCCGGAUCCCUGAAGCGCGGCGCUACACGCUGCCACUGAAGAGCGUCUACAUGAGGCAGAUCGAUCAAAUGGUCGGAUUGCUCUGAGUCGCGUUCGCUCGGGCGCUCUACGACGAAGACGCCGAGCGAGAAGUUUCCGCCGGAUCACACAACUUCCAAUUUUUCCACUGGUGGAGAUCUGUGAGCCAAUUUGAAGCAUUAAGUGAGUGUAUGUGGGUUUUUUUGUGUGUAUUAGGAUGUUUAAAAAAAACAAAAAACAAAAAAACACCUAAGAAAUCACGAAACAUUCAGUGCCUGUUUGUACUUUAGCACAAUGGUGGACUCCCAUUUUAAAUCGGGCCUGCUAUUGUCAUCGAUUUUGGCUUUUUCAUGUCUUGGGUGUAGUAAUAUCCAGAAUCAAAUUUUAACAUACACACAUACAGUUUUUAAAAGUGCCUUCAGUCGUGUUUGUGUUGAUCCGCAGGAAUCCGUGUACAGAUGUUUACGAGUACCAAUUCAAGCCAUAGCUUUUUAUGUGAACAUUUUCUUAACCUUUUUUUUCUUCUGAUUUGUGAGGAGUGGACUGAGCUAUUCUAAUUGCUUCAUACCUGCUAUAAUUGUCUCAGGGGUUAAAGAAGAACAAUAAUGAACAAUCUCACAAAAUAACAUUAUGUUAUGGCCUGUAAUGCCGUUAGGUAUUAUGAUUUUUUUUUAUAUGGCACUUUUUUUUUUUUUUUUUAAUUUGCUGAUUAAACUUGCUGCACAGGAACCGGAA